CGAGUCGCUGGCAGAGGUAGAAGCUGCAGGUGGGAUUCGGAGUCCCUCUUCCCUUUGGAAUACCUCCGAUGCCCCUCAGGGGUGACCUUAGCGAGCCUGGAGACGCCGAGCCCGAAACCCAGGGAGCCCUUUGAGAAAGAAUGUCGAGAAACAUGGAGUUGAAUUGUUUAACACUAAAAGACCUGAUUAGCCCGAGACAUGGGAAGAUAGAUUACAUACACGAAGAUGGGGACAGUGCACAAAAGGAAAAUAUAUUUGAUCGACCCAGAAUGACCCCAAAGACUCCCAUGAAAAAUGAGCCCAUUGAUUUGUCCAAGCAAAAAACCUGUACUCCUGAGAGAAGCCCAAUUACACCUGUGAAGCUGACAGAUAGGCCACUUGCAGAUCCAUGGACACCAACAGCUAACCUAAAGAUGCUUAUUAGUGCUGCUAGUCCUGACAUGCGGGACAGGGAAAAGAAAAAGGAACUCUUCAGACCAAUUGAGAACAAUGAAUUCAGCGAUGCUCUCCCCGAUUCCUCACAGUGUGAUACUGCAGAUGAUGGAACUACAGAUGAAUAUGAAAAGCAAAGACCCAGCAGAAAACAGAAAAGCUUAGGAUUGCUGUGCCAAAAAUUUUUAGCUCGCUAUCCUAGUUAUCCUUUAUCAGCGGAGAAGACAACAAUUUCUUUGGAUGAAGUGGCUUCCAGCCUUGGAGUCGAACGCAGGCGGAUUUAUGAUAUAGUGAAUGUCCUGGAAUCUCUUGAUCUUGUUAGCCGAGUGGCUAAGAAUCAGUAUUGUUGGCAUGGUCGCCACCGUUUGAGCCAGACUCUGAAAAAACUUCAAGAAAUAGGAGAGUUUCAAAAAUAUGAAGAACUCAUGACUUCUUUCCAGCAGAAAGAACUUGACUUUGAGUGUAGAUUUGGAGAACACAAAAAAGAGAGCUUUGUAGAUUUUCAAGAACGACAGUUGCUUGACUUCUCAGAGACAGAUUAUCCAUCUGCGUCUGCAAACAGCAGAAAGGACAAGUCGUUGAGGAUUAUGAGCCAGAAAUUUGUCAUGCUGUUCCUUGUCUCCAAGACCAAGAUAGUCACUCUUGACAUAGCAGCAAAAAUAUUGAUAGAAGAAAGCCAGGAUACUGCUGAUCACAGCAAGUUUAAAACAAAGGUAAGAAGACUAUAUGAUAUUGCUAAUGUCUUGACAAGUCUUGGGCUCAUCAAGAAAGUGCAUGUAACAGAAGAAAGAGGUCGUAAACCAGCCUUCAAAUGGAUUGGGCCUGUGGAAUUCACUGGAAAUAAUGGUGAUAUAAAAAUGGAAGUUCGAACCUGUGCUACUCUUACUGAAGUGAAAAGACCAACCCGUAUUCCACAUCAAGCUUGCUCUAAUAGAAAAGAUCGACUGUCACGCCAUGCUUCUUUUAGCAUUCCUCAGCCUUCUGAAAUGGUCAAGAGGAAAGUUAGUUCUGAACCAAGCAGUCCACACAAAGAGAGACAAGAUGAUUACUGUUCCAAAAUGAUAAACCUAGCAUCUGUUUGCUGUCAGAAUUUGGAAAAUAACAAAAGAAGUAUUGAAGCAGCAAGAAAUCUGGGCAUUAUUUCUUCCUUCUCGGUUUUUCCUGUUCCAGAAGAUUCAGACUAUUGUGCUAAUGUCUUCCCUUGCUUUCCUGAAAAAACCAACUCAGACACAUCACAUCGGUCUUUACCAAAUGGAAUAAAUAAUCAAAAUAUACCAUCUUCUGCUGUAUCGGUUUCCAAAACUGAGACUGGGGAAACCAACGCACUCCCCAGCCAACCUUUUGUUUACUUGCCAUCUCCAUCCCUUUAUAUGCUGUGUGGCAAACUUCAUGAAAGUCAUUCACGGGAAAAUUUUCCAGAAAAAAGAAGUGAAGAUGCAGAAGGCCACAUUUCCCCCUGCUCAUUAGAAACUGCAAAAUCUCCAGUUAAUUUUCGCAAGCGGAGUUCCCAGAAGUGUGUAUCUCCCACUGCAGCUCCAUCUGAAGAGGCACCUGUAGCCAAAAGACAAAGCCUGGAGCAGAGCGAUGGUCCCAUUUCAUUAGUAGUAUCCAAGAAAACCAUUCAGCCAGCUGAUGCAAAGUCUUCUUCAGACAAUAACUGCAGCUCCCUUGACCAACAGAAAGGCUUUCAGUUCGAAUCAGGGACUUCUGAAAUUCUGGAAACUGUCAUAACAGAAACCCAGGACCAUGAAGAAUCACAUAAGAAUAAAAAUGUAAAAGAAAACUUGAAAGAAAAGGAACAAACCUCUCAGGAAAAAACAUCUUUUUUACCGCAGUAUCUCUAUGUACAGCCUGCAGCUGGAUUAAAUGGUUUAAAUUUCCUGUUUCCUACCAACCAAGCCCCUGCUCCUGUCAGCCUACCUUCAAGCCGCUUGUCUUCACUUAAUGUUCCCUGUAUGAUGGUUCCAUCUACUGCAUUGGCGCCAUUCCCCCUUAUCUAUUCCUCAGCAGGAACAAGCCAACUUCAUUCUUCAUCUUCUGCCUCUUUCCCAAAUGUCACUUGUGUGAAUUUUAGUAUGCCUGGCUUGACUUCUACAACUCCUGUUUUCAUUGGGACCCCUACUGUGCUAACUCCAAAUUCAUCACAGUUACCUACACUGGAACCACACCAGCAGUUUCAUUCAGCUGUACAUCUGAAUCCUCUCCUUGGAUCUCCUUGCAACUCCGUUAAAACAGAUUCAUCAAUUUGCAUGGGACAUCCAGUCACCCUUUUCAAUCUACCACAGCCUUCUACAACUCCACUAACUCCUAAGAAUAUGCGUCCAACAACUCAAGAAACAUUGUUCAAGACACCUGGCAGUCUAGAAGAUCCUAUUAUAUGGCGGAAAAAUGAAGGCAACCAGAGCAGAACAUCAAGUUCUGUUCAAAGAAGAUUAGAAAUCUCCAGCAAAAGCUCUGAUUAAUACAGCCCAUUACUGUAAUAUGGGUAGCUAAGAAAAGAGUCUCUGCUAAUUACAGGGGAAAAAAACCAAUUAUUGCAUUAAAAAGAGAAAAUGUGUUAAAUAUUGUUCCAUAGGUACAUUUGUCCGCUAUGCAUUUGCCCAUUACUUAUCUUUCUCCUUCAUGAAUACCCUAGUUGUGUAAAUAUCAAUUUUGAUUAGAAUUCUAAUUAUGCAGAUACAAACAUUUUAAUUCCAGGGUUGAAAAAAACUAUAUAAUGUAUCAAAGAGAUGAACAAGUUUAACUGUGACCCAAAGUCCAAAACUUUGGAGGG